AUGCAGGAACGAAUCUCCUUGAUGGCGCCGACAGACUUUGAGGCAGUCCUUGCCUCGACGGUGCUGUGCUCCAGCUGUGCCACCAUGUUGUCCGGCUUCGCUAUGUAUGCAAUCGGUCUUUCGCAAGUGGGCACCGCUUUGCGCUUCAUUCCGUACUCGGUGGAGGUGUCCGUGCAGGCUAUGCUGGGCUUGGUCCUCUUUGGUCUGGGCAUUGAGGCAAGCUGUGGGGUCGACAUCUUGACCGACUUCGCAACCGAGCCGGAGGCGUUGGGAUCGCUUGUCAUCGACCCAUCUAUCCUGAUGCUGUGGACGCCAUCCAUGCUUUCUGCCUUGGCCAUCUACUUCUUUACAAAAUAUGUGAAAGACUCGCCCUUCACGAUCGCUGUUUACACGUUCUCGGCAAUCGCUCUUUUCCAUGGGCUUCGAUUGUGUCUGGGUACCUCCUUGCAGGCCGCUCAAGACAGUCAGUGGCUUUAUCCUCAGACAGAGUAUUUCCCACUGUCGAAGCUUUACGAGCUCGCGGGGAAGGAUAUUGUUUGGUCCUCUGUGUUCUCCAACAUGGCGAAGAUCUUGCUGAGUGCUUUCAUCAUCUCCAUAGUGAACAUUGCCUGCCAGCUUGCGGUCACCGCCAGCCUACUUCCGCCAAAGGUGAUGGGUGCAUCCACGUUUGACUAUGCCACUUGGGUGAGUGUAUGGACAAAACUGUCGGAAAGGCCAACGCUGGCUACUGUAUCGCAAGUACCACUCAACGGUACGACUAAGGAGAUGAUCGCUCAAGGCCGGUCUCACAUUAUCGGUGGCCUGGCGCUGGGCUUUGCUUCGGACUUCGGGAAUGAUGAUACAUUAGCACCUUGCUGCAAUUCAUCGGCCCCGCCGGGAGACUUUGCAAUCAUUGCCACAGAUUGCUGCCAUGUCUACGGGAUAUUGGACGGCCCGUGCGUAGUGGUGUCCUUGGGAAUCGAGCUUCCACCCAGUCCGGUGCUCUUUUUGCUGGCGCUCGAAGCAUCUACAGAAUCUACAGUCCUAGCACGGAAGAACAGCCUACCAUACGUUCCACGUUUCGUGAACGGUACCAUAGUGCUGUUGGCCUCGGCGGAGCUGCUUGUAGCCGGCUUCGUGCAGGGCUAUGCGCUGCUGACGAGAACAGAAUUUGCAGUGGUUUGCAUUGCUUCGUUGGUGACCUUAGUUUGCGGCGGUCAAGUUCAGGCUGGACUGCUUGCGGGCAUGUUUCUUGCCUUUGCAGACGCGAUUCGGAACUUCACCCGGGCAUUGGAGCAGCUCUCAACAAAGACAGAAGGAGACGUGACCGUUGUCGAGCUGCCAAACUACAUGUUCUUUGCCACAGCACCAGGCAUCGUUGCCACCAUCCGCCGUGCGCUUUCGGAGUCCAGCGAGGUCAUUCUCGACUGGGAGAAAGUGCGUGGAUUAGACACGAAGGCCACCUUGGAAUUCGCGCAGCUGUGUGCCGAGGAGCAAGCCGAGGAAUCAAGGGGCAUCCUCACCUUCGCAGCGCUUGAGCCUUCCAUUCGCGCACAAUUGGUGGCGGCCCAUGUGCUGCCUGCUGUGCCGGAGGAUCCUUGCGACGGCAGUCGCUCGCACCGACGGAGCACACAGACGCGAGAAGGACCAGCGAUGGGUGAAUCCAUCGACUCGGAGCACUCUGCUGCACAUACUUGCAAUCUUGAAUGGGAUCUGACCGAUGUUUGCAUUCGCUCCUGCCAUGUUUGGAUGCAGCAUGAUGCAGCUCUCGACGUUCAUCGGAAGGAUCCUGUCCCCGUGAAGCACGCAGCCUGGCGGAAGCCCUGGCGGAAGCAAAGCAAAGGCUGCCUAGACCUGCCAGCAAGUGAUCGGCAACGGCAUGACAAGGGCUUCGUGCUCACAGCUGUACAGGCCGUAACGAAGUUCACAGAGCUCAAGCCAAGGGAACGAGUCGGAUUCGAGCACGCAGUAUUGCUUGCAUGGGAUUGGAGGAUUUGGCUGGUCAUCUUCAUCGUUGGCUCCGUGCAUGACUCGGGACUCGGAACAACGUUGUCCCAGGUUGUGUUGCAGCACAAGGGCCCGGUGUCGGCGGAGGAACAAGCAUCGAAGGCGCGAGGCCAGAAAUCAGACGUGCAGGUGGCCAAGGCGGCGAAGCGCCACCAGGAUGCCGGCUUGCCGAGCAUGGCGGGCAAGGUGGUAGCAGUGACGGGUUGCACCUCAGGCACAGGCAAGAUCUUUGCACAGGUGUGCGCCAGGAAAGGUGCCAAGGUUGUUCUUCUGAAUCGAGAAUCCGCGCGGGCCGCAGAGGCGUUGAAGGACAUCACUGAAGUAGCGAAAGCAGCAGGUGCACCAGUGCCGUCUGCCAUCCCGUGUGACCUCACAAGCUUCAAAAGUGUGCACGCUGCUGGCGAGAAGUUACAAGCAGAGUUUCGGGAAAGCGGCAUUGACGUUCUGUGCAACAACGCAGGCAUCAUGGGUUUCGGAGACAAGGCUACAGAGGAUGGCUGUGAUAUCCAGAUGCAGACAAACCACUUGUCCCACUUCCUCCUGACCUACCUCUGCUUGCCGCUGCUUGACAAGGCGGCAUCUCUGCAUGGUGAGGCGCGCGUGGUGAAUCACUCGAGCUGUGCUCGGGUUAUGAACGGCCCGGAGUUCUCGAACAAGCUAGAGGAGAAGUACCUGCUGAAGAACGGUGGAAACUUGGGUGGAGACAGCAACACAGUCAUGCGGGGUGCGAACUUCGUGCGAUACCAGCAGACAAAGCUUGCAAACGUGGCCUUCACGUAUGCUCUCCACAAGCGCUUGCAGGAGGCAGGCUCCAGCGUAAAGGCCCUAGUUGCCCAUCCUGGCGUUGCUCCCACCGAGAUAACCCAGAGAAUGGUAGGUGCUGGUGGCGCAAAAGAUCUUGAGCUCUAUCCCAGCUGGGUCACCAAGUUUUCCAUCAAGAUGAUGUACCAAUCGGAGGCCGAUGGUACCAUUGGAAUCCUUCGCAACUCCUGCGACCCUGCGGCAAACUCAGGCGAUUUCUAUGGCCCUUUAGGCAAAGGCGGAGGCACCGGAACCUACGACAACGGCGAACGCAAAGGCCGAGUGGGGCUUCUGAAGCCGGAGCCUUUUGCCGACGAGGAAGCCCAGGAGUUGCUCUGGACCGCCAGCGAGGCCGUGACUGGUAUCCAGUUCGAUGUGAAAGCACGCGGACGUGACUGCUUGGCUUAG